CUCAGCCAUGAUCCUUUUUUCAUCUCGCAGUGUGUUACUCUCAGUGUAUUACCCUCAGAUUUUCCUCAUCCUUACCAGUGGGAGUUACCUAGCUUUGUCAUCUGUGGUGGCUUUAGGAGCUAAUAUCAUCUGCAACAAAAUCCCAGGCUUGGCCCCUCGGCAGCGAGCAAUCUGCCAGAGCCGCCCUGAUGCCAUCAUUGUGAUCGGAGAAGGGGCACAAAUGGGAAUCAAUGAGUGCCAGUACCAGUUUCGGUAUGGGAGGUGGAACUGCUCUGCGCUGGGAGAGAAAACAGUUUUUGGACAAGAGCUUCGAGUAGGAAGCAGGGAAGCUGCCUUCACCUAUGCCAUUACUGCUGCUGGGGUUGCACACGCUGUCACGGCCGCCUGCAGCCAGGGCAACCUCAGCAAUUGUGGCUGUGACCGAGAGAAACAGGGCUACUACAACCAGGAGGAGGGCUGGAAGUGGGGAGGCUGCUCUGCGGAUAUCAGAUACGGCAUCGAGUUCUCCCGGAGGUUUGUUGAUGCCCGAGAAAUCAAAAAGAAUGCACGAAGGCUGAUGAACUUGCACAACAAUGAGGCUGGAAGAAAGGUGCUUGAAGAGAGAAUGAAACUGGAGUGCAAGUGUCACGGAGUUUCAGGUUCCUGUACAACCAAGACCUGCUGGACCACCCUUCCUAAAUUCAGAGAGAUCGGAUAUAUUUUGAAAGAGAAAUACAAUGCUGCAGUGCAGGUGGAGGUGGUACGAGCCAGUAGACUAAGACAGCCAACUUUCCUGAAGAUCAAGCAGAUCAAGAGUUACCAGAAACCAAUGGAAACAGAUUUAGUGUACAUCGAAAAGUCACCAAACUACUGUGAGGAAGAUGCUUCCACAGGAAGUGUUGGCACCCAGGGACGACUUUGUAACCGCACCUCUCCCAGUGCGGAUGGGUGUGACAUGAUGUGCUGUGGAAGAGGUUACAACACACACCAGUACACCAAGGUGUGGCAGUGCAACUGCAAAUUCCACUGGUGUUGCUUUGUGAAGUGCAACACCUGUAGCGAGCGGACAGAGGUGUUCACCUGCAAAUAAUGGCGUCGUGCACAAAUGAACAGAGCAAAUUGCCACCAGUGAAGACAGUGGAGGACAACAAACGACAACAGCAUCAUUUUGCACAUCUAAUCUUCUUCGGGAAAAAAAAUAAACCAAUACAUAAACCAACCCCUCCCCACCACUUACACCUCUACAGAUGGUGCAUUUUGGCUGGCUGACUGUUGUGACUGCUUUGAAAAACAGGAC